GCUCCACUGGGCGCAACCGUCAGUCUCCCCUUUCCCCCCGCCGGCAGCUCCGUGGCCGACUCCGGUCCCGCGGGCGGCGGAGCGGGCGCGCGCCUAGGGGUCGCACGGCUGCUGAGCGGGGCGAGCGCGCUCGAGGAGGGAGUGGAGGCGUAGGAGGGCGGGGGUACGGCUCGCUCGCUCGCAAGAUGGCGGACGAGGACGGGGAAGGGAUUCACCCUUCAGCCCCUCACAGAAACGGAGGCGGAGGCGGCGGCGGCGGGGGGUCCGGGCUUCACUGCGCAGGGAACGGCGGCGGGGGAGGCGGCGGCCCGCGGGUCGUACGCAUCGUCAAGUCCGAGUCCGGCUACGGCUUCAACGUUCGGGGCCAAGUGAGCGAGGGCGGGCAGCUGCGGAGCAUCAACGGGGAGCUGUACGCGCCGCUGCAGCAUGUGAGCGCCGUGCUGCCCGGGGGGGCGGCCGACCGGGCCGGGGUGCGCAAGGGGGACCGCAUCCUGGAGGUGAACGGCGUGAAUGUUGAGGGGGCGACACACAAGCAGGUGGUGGACCUGAUCCGAGCAGGCGAGAAGGAAUUGAUCUUGACAGUGUUAUCUGUACCUCCACAUGAGGCAGAUAACCUAGAUCCCAGUGACGACUCGUUGGGACAAUCAUUUUAUGAUUACACAGAAAAGCAAGCAGUGCCCAUAUCGGUCCCCACAUACAAACAUGUGGAGCAGAAUGGUGAGAAGUUUGUGGUAUACAAUGUUUAUAUGGCAGGGAGGCAGCUGUGUUCUAAGCGGUACCGGGAGUUUGCCAUCCUACAUCAGAACCUGAAGAGAGAGUUUGCCAACUUUACAUUUCCCCGACUUCCAGGGAAGUGGCCAUUUUCUUUAUCAGAACAGCAACUAGAUGCCCGACGUCGGGGGUUGGAGGAAUAUCUAGAAAAAGUGUGCUCAAUACGAGUCAUUGGUGAGAGUGACAUCAUGCAGGAAUUCCUAUCAGAAUCCGAUGAGAACUACAAUGGUGUCUCCGACGUAGAGCUGAGAGUAGCACUACCAGAUGGAACGACUGUUACGGUCAGGGUUAAAAAGAACAGUACUACAGACCAAGUAUACCAGGCUAUUGCAGCAGAGGUUGGCAUGGACAGUACGACAGUGAAUUACUUUGCUUUAUUUGAAGUGAUCAAUCAUUCCUUUGUACGUAAGCUGGCACCUAAUGAAUUUCCUCAUAAACUCUACGUCCAGAACUACACGUCAGCAGUGCCAGGCACCUGCCUGGCCAUUCGAAAGUGGCUUUUUACCACAGAAGAAGAAAUCCUCCUAAAUGACAAUGACCUUGCUGUUACCUACUUUUUUCAUCAGGCUGUUGAUGAUGUGAAGAAAGGUUACAUCAAGGCAGAGGAAAAGUCCUACCAAUUACAGAAGCUGUAUGAACAAAGGAAAAUGGUCAUGUACCUCAACAUGCUAAGAACUUGUGAGGGCUACAAUGAAAUCAUCUUCCCCCACUGUGCCUGCGACUCCAGGAGGAAGGGGCACGUCAUCACAGCCAUCAGCAUCACGCACUUUAAACUUCAUGCCUGCACUGAAGAAGGACAGCUGGAGAACCAGGUAAUAGCAUUUGAAUGGGAUGAGAUGCAGCGAUGGGAUACAGAUGAAGAAGGAAUGGCCUUCUGCUUUGAAUAUGCACGAGGAGAGAAGAAGCCUCGAUGGGUUAAAAUCUUCACACCAUACUUUAAUUAUAUGCAUGAAUGCUUCGAGAGGGUGUUCUGUGAACUCAAGUGGAGAAAAGAGGUAAUUGUAAACAAUCUUGAAUUGACUUUUCAUCUUUUUGUUUGUUUAAAAUAAUAGGCCUAUGGCCAAAUACCUGGAACCUUCACCUCAUCUCAGUCUUUUUAGGAAUAUUAGUUAGAGACUGUUUAUUCUUCUAGAGAGAUUAUUCUUCUAGCCUUUGGAUGCUGAAUAGACUGUGCAAAAGAAGCCCUGCUUCUUCCCUCAUCUAAUGGGUAGCCAUUGGCUGCAGGCUGUUCUAUCUCCUGUGAUUUCAUGGACCCUCCUCUGCUGGGUUUUUUUUGUGUUUUGUUUUGUUUUGUUUUUUAAAUCAAAUCACUGCUUUGUUGUUCCUGACCCAAAAGGGCAGCUGUCCUCAAUGUUAGCUGUUCUGACUAGAACGGAGUCAUGACAGAACCUGUCUGGGCUAAUCAAGAACGCAUAUGCGUGGGAAAGUUUCUGCUCCUGUUUUACUGUUGCCCAUAUAUGCCAGUGGUGGAGCAGAAUUUGGAAGAUUCUGAAUAAUUGCUACUUAUUCUCAAAGACAGUGUUUCUGAAGUUCAGAAGGUAAGGUCAGGAUUAUGAAAAUUUAUUUUUUUGGUAUAGUAGGAACCACACUGGUCUCUGAGAAUCAGAUCAGGAUUCUCUCCCAGCUUUUUUCUUCCCUGCAACAUGGGGCAAAUGAGCCUCCCUAGAUCUAUUUUCUUGUCUUUUCUCAUCUAUAAAAUGGGAAAGCUGAUCCAGAUAAUUUUUUUUAAUUUUUAUUUAUUUAUUAUAGUCACACUGAAUGAGAGAGAGAGGCAGAGACACAGGCAGAGGGAGAAGCAGGCUCCAUGCACUGGGAGCCUGACGUGGGAAUCUAUCCCGGGUCUCCAGGAUCGCGCCCUGGGCCAAAGGCAGGCGCUAAACCGCUGCGCCACCCAGGGAUCCCCUGAUCCAGAUAACUAAUAUCUAAGCUCCUUUCUGGGUCUAAAAGGCUGUGUUUGUAGAUGGGAACUUAGAGGAGAGGCCAAUCAGAUUGAGUAAUCUAGCCAUACAUUUUUCUCUUUCUGUCUGAGGCUGGCCUCCAGGUGGGAGGAGAUGCAGACAUCUCAGGCUUCCCAGUAACUGUUCUCUGUUUUCCUUUCAGAACAUUUUCCAGAUGGCGAGGUCACAGCAGAGAGAUGUGGCCACCUAGCCUUUCCUCACCCCCCUUCUCUUCACCUUCAUCCUCUCACCCCUUUCGUCUUCUAUGUCAGACAGAGUAACCAUUAACAUAAAAGAAGAGAAAAAAGGAAAAAAGUCAUUAUGUUCAAAAGCCCUAAACUAAAUACUAUUAAUAAUCCCUCUGAAUGUCAUGUCUCUGGAAUUUGAGCUGGUAGAGAACAACAAAUUGGUCAGCACCAGGACUCAGCUGAGUUAAGACAGGAAAAUAAGCCCAACAACGCGCCAAAGGUAUCUUUGUCCUUUCACCUGGGCCUCAUACCAACAGACUCUCCUUGUACUAUAUUUUUAAAACUGGAACUAUGAACUCCAUCCAUUUGCACUGUUCAGACAUAUAUAUGUAUGUAUGUAAAAAUUAUAUAUACACAAAUUAGCUGCACGUAUAUACAUAUAUAUAUUUCUUUUUAAAUUUCAUAUUGAUGGCAGUACCUUUUUUAGCUUGUGUUUUUACACACCUUUCACUAGAAUUCAUGACUUCUCUCUUGCUCUCUUUAUUUUGAAACAAACUUUAAAAAGGAAAAAAAAAUAUUUUACCAGGAAAAUACCUCUCCUCAUGAAGGACUCAAAAAGUUUACAACCUGCUUGGGUUUUUCCCCCCUUUUUUGUAUUGAGUGAAGAUUCUGGCUCAUGGGUUGCCAUAGAGUCUGAGGAGCAAGGAGCAUAGUUUAGUUUCUUUAUCUUCCAAGAGGCUGCUGAGGAGGAGAAAGAGGAGUGUCUCUCAAGGGCAGCAAGGCUUACAGAUCUGCAGGGAGAGUCUAAAGACUUGGUGUGGUCCUUGAUUCCAAGACAACUUUCCUGGUCCAUCUCUCUCUCUCUCUCUUCCACUCAUGGCUUUCUAGCCACAUUCUACAUCUCCUCACUUCCUGAGGGCCCCACUCACUUCUGGGCCUCCACUGGCCUAGAAUGGAAGGGAAGGCCAGCUCAGGAGGUGGAUGCCACAGGAAGCUGAAACAUUUUGUGGUUGUAAUUUCCCAUUUCCCUGCCAUUUCUGAAGCAGGCUGAGUACUAGGGACCAGAGUUAAAGCCAAUACCUUUAGGCACAAAGAUUGGACUUAGGUAGUUUAGGCACAGAGAUUGGACUUGGGUAGGGGAAAGGAAGGAAGAAAUGCCCCAAGUACCUAAGCUCUUCCCUAUCCAUUCCUGACCAAUAACCACCCAUAACCAUUACAUUCUCCGUGAUUUCCUUAAACAACCAUGUUGCAGAGGGAUCUGACAAUAUCCCUCAAGGCCUUGGGGAAACUUGGAAUGAGUCAGUAGUCUGUGCCAACCAAACCGGUGCCCAUCCAAGCCAGCUGAGGACCCAGGAAGGACCAGUAGGAAUAUGGUUGAUGUGAAUUGGAUCUCAGCUUUGAAUGAAAAGGAAACUGAAGGGAAGCCUUUUUGUCCCUCAAAGAGCUCCUCAUCUCACCUUGCAGUUUGAGCUUUUGAGACCUGAGAGUUGCAUUUUAGGACCCGAGGGCCGGGCUGACCAGGCGGGGCAGUACUCUCAGCCCCAGGCUCUGUAGAUACUGCAUUGUGAGCUGAAGUUGGGCUCUGAUGCAACAGAAACACAUCUGUGAGCCUUCUUUUCUCUUCUAUACCUUCUAAACAAAAACCUUCGUUGGGUGGCAGCUUUUGUCUAACUGGGAGGCAACCAUGCUUGGUUUAACCACUCCAUUGAGCAGUGGUAGGGUGGUUUGAAGUUUCUUUUUUGGUAAUUUGUUUUUACAGAUUGUUGUGAGGCCACUUUUAUUUCUCUCUCACUCUGUUAUCCUGGCAGCUGCUUGCCCCAGGACAGUGUGGGAUCGUAUAGGACACUUGUCUUCCCUUUCCUUCUCCAAAUCUAGGUAGAAUCACAGAAUGCAGAACGUAGGGAUGCUGAAUGUUUAAAGUUACAGAGAACGAUCCUUGAUUUGAAAGUUUUGAUACAGGAUUAAGUUCUUUUGGCUUAAAUAAAUUUAAUAAUGAGUCAAAGAGCCCUAGAAAGAAGAUAUGCUGAUUCUCACUCCAAGAUGCUAAAAGCUUUUGGCACCAGUUUUGUUUAGACUGUAAACAUAGCAGCAGUUUGCCCCUAUUCCCUCAUAGUAGGAAAAGAAUAAACAAAUCUGGAGGCCAUGCAGUAUCCCAGUUACUGACCUCCUGUUGUGAGAUGUGAGAUGUGGGGGAAUGCCGUUAGGAUGGAUGCCCUUGGGGUAGGUGGAUGCUGCUCUGGUCCCUUCAUGGCAGAGCAUUCAUUCACUUGGUGCUUUGGAGACUGGGCGAGAGCCCUGUAGGUAUUGGCUUGUUGGCAGAAUCUGUUUAGGAACAGCCCCUACUGUGGCUGUACCACUAGCAAAGCACCCAUUUGCAGCAAGGAGGGGGAAGGAGGGAGCCUCUAGGACAGCACCUUCUCUUCUUCUACCCUCAGCAGGCCUCCUGGACCAGGACAGAGGUCACUGUGGCUCCAUAGGGUCAACAUCUUUUUUUGCAUGAAGCAGUGUUAGUGUGACACUCCUUUCCCACCUUGCUCUGUAUUUCUUUCCCUAAUCCCUGCUAUCUUUCUUUGUCCUGGGUUCUGUCCAGGGAGCCAUCUGCCCAGUUUUCUUUUGCAGUUUGUCUCUGGUGAAUAGAGGGACUUCCAUGCCCCUCUGCUUUGCCCUUGCAGAGCCAGCAGGACCUUCCUGAUCUGUUGUCCUUCCCCUCUGCACCCAGUUUCUAUCCUUUUUGGUAAAAGCUCCGAGUUUUGUAUAGAUCAGGAGAAAAUGCAGGCCCUGAGAAACCUGUCCCUGCAGAAAGGUUCCCUUGGGUCAUUCUUUGGGCUCUCUGCUCUUUAUAUUUUUGUUCUACUCUUCCAUUUCCUUGCCCUCCCCUAGCCCUUCGCCUAAGCUCAGCCCAGGUGUGUGCUCAGGGCAGCUCUUAGGCCUGGCCCAUCUAGUUUCAUUCUGUCAUCACCCAGGCCGGUAGCUAGGUUAUCCCCUCUUGUAGCUCCAAAGCUAGUGCUUAGAGCAGCAGUACAGGGCAUUGACAGGAGGGACACCUCUCUCUCAGAAGUUGCCAACCUAUGGCCUGGCUCCUAGGAGGCAGAUUUCCUUGAGGGGAACUGCAUCCUGGCUGACCUGGAGUCUUCAGACCUAGAAGGACUACUGUGCUCCCUUUUUAUCUUCAUUGUGCUUUCUGGCUAGAUCAGUUCAGCAUAGAGACCAAUUGGGCUGUUGGAGCCCAGUACAUUGCUAGGUUUCCUUGCCAGGCUGAUUGUGUCCCAUUGGCUUCCUUUUGAAGGGAGGACAAUGCAGUUGAUACUCAGGAGAGAGGCAGUGGAUUUGCUUCUUCAACUCCUGUCUUCCAGUUCCACCUCCUGCCUUCCUUUCCCCUAACCUGAGCAUGUCAUGCCAGGCCUCACUUCUACCAAGACAGCAGCUCACUCCUCAGCAAUAACCUCAAGUGUGGGGAAUGCUUAGGGUUAUGGGAAAGGACAGGAGAAAGAGGGGAGUGCUGUGGGCUCGAGGCACUUGGCCAACUGCUAAAUUGGACACCAGUUUUAUAUCAUGCCCCCUUUUUAAGCCGGUGAGCUGGGCUUCAGUUUCCCCCAGGCCAUGCAUACUUUUAAUUUAUUUGAGAAACUCUUAAUUGUAUUUUCACUGCAGUAUCUUGUAUUUUUUAUUUGUGAUUUAAGAAAUGUGAAGAGAAAAUACACAGACACAUAAUGGCUAACAGUGUUUCUUUCAUUCCUUGUUCUAGAGCUAACCACUCUAAAAUUGUUUGGUAAUGUCACUUAGUGUAAUUAAUUGUAACAUAUUCUUUUAAAUAAAUUGAUUUAUUGAUGAAACUA